AUGCACGGUGCUUUGAUCCGAGUGCCACCUCACGAACUUAAUGGUAUGAUUUCACCUUGGCCAUUUAUAUCUUGGGGCAUGGAUGUCAUCAAUUCGAUAGAGCUAGCCGCUUUUAAUGGACAUAGAUUCAUUUUGGUUGCCAUUGAUUAUUUCACCAAGUGGGUGGAAGCAGCUUCUUAUAAGUCAGUAACCAAGAAAGUUGUGGAUGAUUUUGUUCGCAACAAUCUGAUAUACAGAUUUGGAAUGCCAGAAUCCAUCAUUACUGAUAAUGGUGCAAAUCUCAAUAGUCAUUUGAUGAGAGAUAUUUAUGAAAAAUUUAAGGUCACUCAUCGGAAUUCAACUGCUUAUCGUCCCCAAAUGAAUGGAGUUGUAGAGGCUGCUAAUAAGAAUAUCAAGGAGAUUCUGAAGAAGAUGGUUGACAAUUACCGAGGUUGGCAUGAGAUGCUGCCAUAUGCUUUGUUGGGUUAUCGAACGACUAUCAGAACAUUGAUUGGAGCUACUCCACUAGUAGAUGGAGCGGAAACAGUCAUACCUGCUGAAGUCGAAAUACCGUCCUUGAGAAUCAUCCAAGAAGCUGAGUUAAGUAAUGCUGAAUGGGUCAGUAAGCGGAUUGAUCAUCUAACUUUGAUUGAUGAGAACAGAAUGGUUGUGGUCUGUCAUGGUCAGUUGUAUAGACAGAUAAUGAUUCGUCCUCUCACACGAGAGUAA